CCAUUCAGGUGUCGUGACGUCACAAAAAUAAGGAUGCGUCGUCGUUUAAAUAGUCGUGCAUUCGAUCCAUUCGAUGAAUGGCUCGAAACACAGGGAUUGUAUCGCAAACAGGUUGCACGGGAUGGAUCAUGUCUGUUCCGUGCUGUUGCAGAACAGGUCAUCAUGUCACAGACAGAACAUGUUCGUGUGAGAUCAAUGUGUCUGGAAUAUAUGAUGCUUUAUAAAGAAGACUUCCAGCCAUUUCUGGACAUACCAUUAGACCAUCAUGUGUUUAAUCUCCAGGAUGUUAGGGAAUGGGGAGGCCACACUGAAAUACUGGCCAUGUCACGCCUUUUUAAGGUCGAUUUCCUCAUUUACCAAGGCAUUGGAAGAGCACCCUGCAAAGCUACAGAUUAUGAUCACCCCAGAACUCUUAUGCUCAGUUUUACCAAUGGGAACCACUAUGACAUUGUGUACAAAAAAGAUCAUGCUUCAUCUCGAGGAUUUUGCCAGUCUGUUGUGUAUGACAUACUAUACUCAAGAGUUUUUAAACUAAAAGAUGUAAGGCUAGCUGUGGACACAAUGCUGCAUGACAAAGAAUAUGCAACCCUUAGAAGAGAUUCAGCUAACUCAGCAGAACUGAAAGAGAUAGGUGCCCUUGUGGAAAAAAUACUGGGAACUAGUGUUUCACGAGAUAAUAGUCAAGAUGAGGGUGAUAAAAACACCAGUACAGAAGAACGACAUAGUUUAGAAGACAUCCAUCCAGAUGAUGUGAAAGGUCUCCUUGCCCAUGGCAUCCCACCAUUCCCAUAUAAAGUUGCUAAAUCCCUAGAUCCUGACAUAUAUCGAAAUAUUGAGUAUGAUGCCUGGAACACUGUUAGGAGAGAAGCUCGGUAUGGUCCCUUUGAUAGCAAUGGAUUCCAAGCAGGUGUAAAGGUGCUGAUAAAAUUAGAAUUAUUACCAAACCGCCAAGAAGUGGAAGACUUGCGGAAGGCCCACAUAGCCACCCGGCAGGGCAGUGGGGAAGGAAAUGUGGGAAAAGCAACUGAGGAGAGAGUGGAUGUUUAUCGUGGUCAUAUACAAGAGAUGUCUGAAAACAAGGGACCAGUAGAUGUUUAUAUUGAAGAAAUUGGCAGCAGGUUGAAGGUGCCAUAUGAAUCCUUAGAAAAGGUACCACCCUCUCCACCUCGGUCACCAUGGCAUGCACAAAUGCAGCAGGGAGCAGCCAACAAUGGAGCUGCAGGCACUGGGGGUGGGGUGAUAGCAAAUUACAAAAACUUGUCUGGUUAUUAUAAGAAAUCAACCCUUCCCCCAGAAUCUGAAUUCACUGUCACGAGGAGCAAGAAGAAGGGAGGAAAGCAGUCCCGUGAGGUAUUAACAUUUAUCCCCAUCAAUACUUCUUUAAGAUAUUGUACACCACCGAGCAGUACAGGGAUGAGAGGACGAGGUGCAGGAAGUCCUUCAGCACAUGGAAGUUCACCCCGUUCUAGGACACCUCAAGGAUCUCAGUCUAGUUAUAAUAAAAACUACCCAAAUAGAGGAGUGGGCCGUGGAAAUUCUAGUAACUACAGAAAUAAUGAGAGUCCUGCCAGAGAAGCAUUUCCACCUUUUGCCGGUGCAGUGAAUGUAGGAAUGAGUGUUGAGGGAGUUUGGGCAGUGCGACCGAAUACCAAUCAGUCUAACCACCUGCCCCCACCACCCCAAAGCAAUAUGCCAGGCUCUUCCAACAAUGUCCUGCCACCGGGACCUUACUGUCCAAGUGCCUCACAUCCUGCACCAAUGCCUGGUGAUGAUGAGCCAUCCAGGAGUGCUGACAUCUCUCAGCUGCAGAUGAGGGCUGUGACGGAGGCUCUCCAGCAGGUUAUGAGUGCUGGGGGUCAGGAGGUGCGUGUGACAGGCCAACAGUUGGAAGUUGUCAGUACAGAGGAAAGAGCAGUACCUCAGGCUGGUCCUUUGGUAGACGAAUGUCCACAGGUGGACAAUACUGAUACUGCACCUCAGGUUGAACAAAACUUGCCUGAGCCGUUGUCUGAGCAGAAAGGAAAUGAAGCUGGAACUAUCAAUAGAGAAAUUGGGAAUACAGGUCCACCUGUCCAAGGUGCCAACCCACAUACCUCACCAGCUAUGGAGGAACCUAGUCUUCAGAUAGAAACUAUAAAUCAAACGCAAUAUAUGCAUCCUGCUAAUGGAGAAAUGCAGCCUGCAAUGUAUACACAGCUGGCUGGCUCACCCUCACCACACAACGGUGCCAUGUACACGAUCAGCUAUCCACCACCUUAUCCCAGUCCAGGCCUCUUCCAGGUUUUCACUCCAGUACCAGAUGGUAGCGGUACCCCAGAAUUCACGCCACCACCACCUGUCACAUCAAUGCCCAGCAGACCAGAUACUUGGGAUGGACAGGGACAAGUAGCAGAUGCAGAAAGCAUGAAAGUAAACCAAGGAAUGGCACCAGUCAUGGUGUAUCAUAUGCCAGUAAUGUUUGGAGGGUAUGAUUAUUCUUAUAAUUCAUGGGCAUACCCAGUUCCAGUAAUGCCAUCACCACCAAUGGAAAUGGUGCCGCCUCCUCCAAUGGGAGCUCCACCUCACCAGAAUUAUCCACCACCAUAUCAUCAUGAUGGUCGUGAAGGGAGAGAGAGGCCUCCAUUCCAUCUCCGUGGAAGAGGGAGAGGGGGUAGUCCACACCACAACCAAUAUCGUGGGCAUCACCAAAACAACCAGCCUUAUAAUUCUUAUCCAGGAAAUAGUUACCAUGGUGGGCAGAAUCACUACAAUAACAGUUAUGGAAGCCCUAUGGGUCGAGGUAGUGGGCCUGGUGGUCAGCGAUCCUUACCACCAAGAUUCCAAAGGGGUGGAGGUACCCCAAGACACCAAUAUUCAAGCCCUAAUCAUUACCAGCAUCCAAAUACCCCUCCACACCUUAACCAAAGGAGUCACCAGUAUGAGGGUCAGCCCUUAAUGCAUAUGGGGUCAAAAUCAAACCCAGAGAAUUUGUCUUCACAGGUUGUCUCAGGUGGUACUGUAGGGUCUGGUGGGUUGGCCUCGCCUCCCCUAGUCACAUAUGUGGAAUCCGACCGCAGUCAGGGAAUGCUUCCACUUCCUCCCCAGGAUGGUCCCCCAAUACCUCCACAGGAGCCUGUACCUAUGGCUGCCCCUCCUCCAUAUCCUACACCUCCAGGCUAUGUUAUGAGUGGUCCUUGGAUGUGGAAGAUGAUGUGAAAAAUGCCCUAAGACAACCAGUACUGUCAUCUGCUCGAUAAAGGAGUUACAUUGAUGUGUAAUAGCUUGAGAAACCUAAAUAUUCUAAAUUUAUAACAAUGAUUAAAACAUUCCAGUUCAUAGCGUAUUUAAAAAUUUAUAGUAAAACAUGACAAAGGUGUUUUUACAACCACCAUAUAUAUGCAUGUUACUUUAUAUAAAAAAAAUUAAUGCAGGCAGUUGACUGAAAGGAAAUAUAUACUAGGAAAUGGAUUCAAUGUGAGAAUAUUGCUGUUUUCAGUAAUAAUUAAUAUUUGAGGUUUAGUCCAAUUUUUUACAAAUUGUAACAACUUUGAAACCAGUCAAUGGCUCCUGAUGUAUAAUUAUUUGUCUAAUGGUUGUACUUUAAUUUUACUGUUUUUGCAGGUAAAUAUUCUUACCUGAAAGAGAAAUACUUAGUUCCUUCUUUUCCCAUAAAGCUGUGCUUUAUUAUUUUUAUCAGGAAAUUGUUCUUUGUGUUAUUUUGUAAAACAUUUUAUAUUACUUUCUUUUAAUAUGUAUUCAGUUACCAUUAGUACCUGUUCACUUUAAUUUUACCAUGUAAAAUUGUAUGGUAUGUAAAAACAAUUAUGAAAGUGCCUUAAUGGUACCCGUCCUACCAGUUUUCAUUCCACUAAUGUUAUUUAAUGUUGUAUCUAGAUUCAUUAACACAGAGCAGAAGACUUUGUUCAGUUGUCUAGUCGCGUAACACAAGAAAUCCUUUUGGUUUAUUUUUGUAAACAUUUUGUAAUUAUUGUCAUGUUCCAUUAAGAAUAUGAGUAAAUCUUUAAACAAAA